AAAGUCGCCCGCAAUUUCACCACCUCCACUUCCUCCACUACUUUCUUUCCCUUUCACCAAACUCCUCCUUCUCAAUGUCUUCUUGACGAUCAACAUCACCCUUUCCUUUCCUCUCUUCUUACUAGAUACCGUGAUUUGAUCUUCUAUUUUUCUUUUUUUCUGUGUACUGUGUGAAGGAAUCCAUCGGGCGAAAAAAAAAAAAAAAAUAAAAACGUCACUCAACCGGUCAAAUGGCCUCGACAACUAACAGUAUAAAUGGCGAGGCUGUGGCCGACCCCAUCCCUAUCGCCGUAGAUCACGAGUCGCCUCAGGAAGACACCUACCCUGCUCCCUACGGUCGCUCUUGCUUUAACUGCUCUCAAGCCAAGUGCAAGUGUCUCUAUCCAAAGGCAGGCGGUCGUUGUCAAAGAUGCCAACGCUUAGAUAAAGAAUGUCGCCAAUCUGCUGCCAGUCGACGUUCAACCACACGCAGGUCGGCUACCUCUUCCAAAAGCUCGGCCAAGAUCUCUCGCCUGGAAGACAAGUUGGAGGAUUUGGUCUCGCUGCUGCGCGCGGGAGUCCAACCGAGUAAUGUCACGACCACGACCAUGCUCGGCCUGCUCGGACAGCUGCCGGACAACCAGAACUCGUCAAACAGCAAUGCCGCAUCCCCUCCCAACAUGUCAGACGUCCCCAUGGGGGGCAGCAGCUCCCAACCCAGCCCAGUCUACGCCAGCCGCAACACUGGUUCCGCUUCCACCCCGGACACCAGCAUUUCGGACAGCGGGGGUUCGUUAUCUUCGGGCGCAUCGUCACUGAACGCGAUGGAACCGUCGGGCUUGCAAGCAGAGGAAUUGCUCACCUUCUUCCAAACUCAAAUGCUUCCGUAUUUCCCAUGCAUGUAUAUCCCUCCAGGCACCACGUCGCAGAAGCUUCGGCGAGACCGCCCAUUUUCGUGGCUAUGCAUCAUGGCUGUCACGUCACGGAGCAGCGCGCAAAGUCGUCCGCUCUUCGAUAGAAUCAAGCACAUUGUGUCACAGAAGCUGGUGCAUGAGUACUCGUGUCGUGACCUUGAUAUCCUUCAGGGACUCUUGAUCUAUCUCGGAUGGUCCAAUCAACAAGUUUACAAUAAAGCCAACGUGCAUGUAUUCACUCAGCUCGCGAACGGCAUUGUCUAUGAGAUGGGCCUCUUCAAUCCCGAAGCGAAGGGAAAGCACGUCCUCUUGUGUGUGCACACGGAAGCACACGAAGACCGUGCAGCACCUCCCAGUCAAAUCAUGGAACAACGCCGGGCUGUCUUGGGAUGCUUCUUGCUCACUUCUAUUAUUGCUACCUUCCUGCAACAAAGCGACUCUCUGCGCUGGACAUCCUACAUGGACGAGUGUCUUCGUCUACUCGAAGAGCAGCAGGAAAGCAUCAACGAUGAGAUACUCGUUCAGCAAGUUCGACUUCAACUGAUCAAUGACAAGCUUAGCUUGGGAGGCUUUUACGGCGCGUCUUCAACGUCCCGCGAAUCGAUGCGACCGUCGCCUGCUGUAUACAUCCGGCCGAUGCAAGCUCAGCUUCAAACUCAACUUCAAGGAAUUAUGAGCAGAGUCCGACCCAACUCACAGGGAUACAAAAUCCUUCUAUUGCAUCACUACAACACCUCAUUAAGCCUUUACGAGUCCGCACUUACGAAAGGUGCCAUUGCCUCCAUCACAAACGUGAGCUACGAGCAUCUCGACUAUCUUUAUGGCUGCCUUGAGGCUACCAAGUCAUGGUUCGACGUGUUCCUGAGCAUUCCACCGGCGGAGUAUAUUGGGUUUCCUUUCGCUAUCUUCUCGCAAAUGGUGCAGAACCUUGUGACACUCUACCAAUUGACGACCCUGGACAACUCCGUUUGGGAUACAACCAAUGUCCGCCGAACGGCAGAUAUCAUACAGAUCAUGAACAUGGUGAUUUCCAACAUGGGCCAAGUGGCGUCUCUCAACGGUAUUGAUGGUGAUCCCGGUGGCGACAUCUUCUCAAACAUCGCCAAGACGUACCAGGCGGUGCGCAUGGGUUGGGAGACCAAGCUAGAUCCCACUCCGUUGGGCUCACACGUGGCGAAUUCGAUUCCAUCGCUGUCGGUUCCAACGCUCUCGGAGCCCCCAGAUGCCCUGUCCGUGUCAGACACCUUUCCUCUGGUCGAGGAUAACGAUUGGCUCGCGGACAUGCUGAGCACGAUGGACAGAAACAACAAAGGCCCAAUGGCUGCCAUACCCGGCGUCCCUGGCGUACCAUGAGGCAUUGUGUGACUGCAACCGACUCCCAGUUUCCUCUCACCAGAAGGCAUCCCAUAAUACGUGCGAUCCGAAGGGGUGCGACGGGCUAGUGCCCAGGCCUCAAUGUCCCCGCUUCGUUCUCCUUGAGAGACCAUGCUGUCUCUACACACGGGCUUUGAUGGCGACCUUUCCCUACAAGGCAGAUCAUGCCGAGUUGGACGGCGUUAAUAGCCAAGGAGACUUCGUUUCGCCGGGACUUCUUGACUCGACAUCUAUGAUUCUUAUGAAUAU